UCUGUGCCGACAAGGAGUAGAAGGUCUGCCAUCCUCGAAAGUGUUUGGCUGAGAAGGAGGCGUAGGGAAAGCACGGCAACAAUGGCCGGGGAGCAGCUCCAAGUGCUCAACGCUCUCGACGUCGCCAAGACGCAGUGGUACCAUUUCACGGCCAUCGUCAUCGCCGGUAUGGGCUUCUUCACCGACGCCUACGACCUCUUCUGCAUCUCCCUCGUCACCAAGCUCCUCGGCCGCAUAUACUACUUUGACGCCAGCUCGGCCUCCCCCGGCACGCUCCCGCCCAACGUGUCCGCGGCCGUGAACGGCGUCGCCUUCUGCGGCACCCUCUCCGGCCAGCUCUUCUUCGGGUGGCUCGGGGAUAAGCUCGGCCGGAAGAAAGUCUACGGCAUGACCCUUAUGAUGAUGGUUAUCUGCUCCGUCGCCUCCGGGCUCUCCUUUGGCCACACCGCCAAGGGCGUCAUGGCCACCCUCUGCUUCUUCCGCUUCUGGCUCGGAUUCGGCAUCGGUGGCGACUACCCCCUCUCCGCCACCAUCAUGUCGGAGUACGCCAACAAGAAGACUCGCGGCGCCUUCAUCGCCGCCGUCUUCGCCAUGCAGGGCUUCGGGAUCCUCGCCGGCGGCAUCGUCGCGAUCGUCGUUUCUGCCGCCUUCAAGAGCCGCUUCGACGCGCCGGCCUAUGCUGUCGACCGUGCCGGCUCCACCGUGCCGGAGGCCGACUACAUUUGGCGUAUAAUCCUCAUGCUUGGCGCCCUCCCGGCGGCCCUGACGUACUACUGGCGGAUGAAGAUGCCCGAGACCGCGCGGUACACCGCCCUGGUGGCCAAGAACGCGAAGCAGGCGGCCGCCGACAUGUCGAAGGUCCUCCGGGUGGAGAUCGUGGUGGAGCAGAACGAAGCCGCCACGGAGGAGGCCAACAGCUUCGGCCUCUUCUCCAGAGAGUUUGCCCGCCGCCACGGCCUCCACCUCGUCGGCACCGCCACCACCUGGUUCCUCCUCGACAUCGCCUUCUACAGCCAGAACCUGUUCCAGAAGGACAUCUUCAGCGCCAUCAACUGGAUUCCCAAGGCGGCGACCAUGAAUGCCAUCGAGGAGGUGUUCCGGAUCGCCCGGGCGCAGACGCUCAUCGCGCUCUGCGGCACCGUUCCGGGCUACUGGUACACCGUGGCCUUCAUCGACAUCAUCGGCCGGUUCGCCAUCCAGAUCAUGGGAUUCUUCUUCAUGACCGUCUUCAUGCUCGGCCUGGCCAUCCCCUAUCACCACUGGACCACCAAGGGCAACCACAUCGGCUUCGUCGUCGUGUACGCCUUCACCUUCUUCUUCGCCAACUUCGGGCCCAACAGCACCACCUUCAUCGUGCCGGCGGAGAUCUUCCCCGCGAGGCUGCGGUCCACGUGUCACGGCAUCUCUGCAGCCGCGGGCAAGGCCGGGGCCAUGGUGGGCGCGUUCGGGUUCCUGUACGCGGCGCAGAGCAGGGACCCGGCGAAGAGGGACAAGGGCUACCCGGCCGGCAUCGGCGUGCGGAACGCGCUCUUCGUGCUGGCGGCCUGCAAUCUUCUGGGCCUCGUCUUCACCUUCUUGGUUCCAGAAUCAAAGGGGAAGUCGCUCGAGGAAAUGUCCGGAGAGAACGAAGCCGAGGAGCUGAUGGAAUCGGUGGCGCCUCACAGCAGACCGCCGCCAUUUAGCUUCUUCACGUACUCAAAAACUUAA